UUCGUUGUGCGUGUGCGUGCGUGCUUGCGUGGGAGAGAGAGAGAGUGAGAGUGAGAGAGUGAGAGAGUGACUGUGUCGCUGUCUCUCUCGCCGUUCGAUAGGAGGAGGGGCAGGGCAGGGCAGGAUGGGAGUGGUGUGAGCGGUGAAGGGGUGUGUGCGGCAUCGGCAGCACCACCUGGAUACAAGCAAAGAGGAGCCAGGAGUGGGAGGGGGAGGACUUGGACGAGGAGCAGCAAGAGGAGGAAGAAGGGAGCCAGCCACCCUGCCUCACCUCGCCUUGUCUUGCCUUGCUCUGGGAUGAUGCUGCGACGCCCUGGAGAUGGCUGGGGAGCGGGCUCCAUGAGCGCCAUGCCCUGUGACGACCACCUCCAUGUGAUGGGCGCCCGUAUGGACCUAGCGUCCCAGGUGCAGGGCUUGCGGAUGCUUCAGGGUCAGCAAGAACAUGAGCAGCAACGAAUUUUGUACCAGGAGAAGGGCAUUGGCCUCCACGUCCAUGACGACCAUCUGGGCAAGGGGCAACACCCAGCGCACGUUGUGGUGUAUGGCCACCGUGCAGAUGAGAAUCCUCAUAACCAUGCGCCGCAUGCGUACGGGGUGGUUGAAAUGGGGAGUAUUAAACACGACGUCAUAGAUGAUAUGGACGCGAAGCUUGAGGGCUUGAGCGCGGCAAUGCUACGAGUUGAUCCUAAGAUGGAGGACUGCGAGCGGCCGAUGAGCGAGGGCGAUGUUGGGCUAGCGAAUAACCCGCAGGUUGGGUUGCAGGUUGGGCGGCUUCGUGGUCGGUCGUCGCGAGACCCCUCUAUUGAGUGGAGCGAGAGCGCCACGGUGGUCUUGUUGCAGGCUUUUGGGGAGAAAUAUCGUGCUCUGGAUCGAGGGAACUUUACGAGCAAGAUUUGGGCUGACGUCGCGGCGAGGGUGAACAGCCGCGGCUCGCUGACGGGUAAUGUAGUGGACCGCAUACCAAAAACACAGGAGCAGUGCCGUAUUAAGGUUGAUAACUUGAAGAAACGGUACAAAGUGGAGAGGGAGAAGAGACGAGUGUCGGGAUCUGGGACGUCGAAGUGGAUAUUUUACGAUAUGAUGGAUAAGUUAAUUGGAGCUAAUCUUAGGCAAACACGUGGUGGAGGUGGGCUUGGAGUGGAUGAUUCACCUGUAGGCCUGGAAAGCGGUGACACACCUCUCGGUAUUCGAUCAUCCGAGGGGGAAGGAGACAGAAUGUACUACUUAUUGAAUGCGAGUGGGGAAGCCAAUCAAACAUCAGAUGCGAUUAAGCACAAGAUUUCUUCGAUUCAUGGAAGAAGAAAAAGGGAGAGAACGUUAGAAGACUUGGAACAAGAGCACGUAAACGCCCCAGCUCUGAUGGCUCUGUUCGAGGGUUACAAUGUUCCACCAAGCAUCAUCGAUGCUAUGUUACAGGAGGACAUGGAUGAGUACACUCUGAUCAACUCUAGAGACAUGACGGUGUUAUUGGACCAGCUCCGAAGCAAGCACCGGCUGCAUAUCAAGCUGGGACCCGCAGAAAGAAUCAAGCAAGCCAUUGAGGCUGCAAAAGAGAAGAAGAAUUGCUUGGCUCUGGUUAUCCAGCAGCAGCAACUGUGACAUUUAGAAAUAAAUGUCGCAAACUAGAGGAGCUGGAGAUACGUAGGGUGUAUGCUAGAGAAAGUGGCGGCAGAUUGCGGCUUGUGUUACCAGAAGGUGACUCGGAGAGCGGCGAGGUAUUUUCCUUGAUAUUGGAUGUCCUCGAAGAUGGUUACUACGGAGUGGAGCUGAGUCGAAGCUGUUGAUGCCUAAAUGCAAUUUUGCCUGGUACAACCAGGCGAGUGAUCGUGGUGCAGUGGAAGGUUAUUUCUGAGGGAAGUGCACGUUUGUGAAACAAGGUAGAAGCCCAGGAGCAUGAAGAGGGUGACAGGAAAUGGCUUCACAUCAGUACAGUAGAUAUUGAGGGGUCACAGGGGUGUGCAGAGAAUUUGUUUGUGGUGUUUCAAUUCACUGUCGAUGUGGGUGGGAGUCGAUCCGUGCAGAUCAGUUUCAGUUUUGGACACAAAUUGAUGAUCAAGAUGAGGUUAUUUUGGUUCGUCGGGAGUAGAGCCAUUCUUCAUUUUUCGAAUUUCUUUUAGAUUGCAAAGGAAACUGACCUGUUUGUGGCGGGAUUAACAAUCUGUAUCAUUCGUAGGUGCAUUACUGUACUCUUCCUCCGAGUUGUGUGUGGAGAAGGAAAUCUCGACGCGCCUUUCUCAUGUAUAAGUGGAAACUAUGAACGUGGGACAGUAGGAAAGAGCACACAAGAGUGAUAGAAGUACUUGAUAUAUCGUAUCGGCAGUUUUGAUGCCUCGAUCCUUUGAGGAGUCGAUAUUCCUCCUUUCAUGCUAGAGCUACCAAGGUUUGUAUCGGUGACGUAUUGACAUUUGUUUGAUAUGUAUUAUGUUUUAGGUCUGAGGCUGAGCAGUAUGAGUAUAAAGGCGAUUUACGUAUGCAAUCUUGGCAGGGAACGGUUACAGUUGGUCUCAGUAUUUGAGCCUCUGUAGAGAUUUGGGUUUUGACGAGGGGGCUCAGUUGGUUGUCACGGCUAUUCGAGUGUCACAUUUCGAUGUGAAGUGGAUGAUUUUAGUGUCUGAAGCAAACUCAAUGCUGUGUUGCAGAGAAAGUUGCUGUCGGAACAGCCACAAGAAGAAUCUGGCGGGGUACACCUAGUUCACUAGUUGUGCCAGUUUGUAUAACUGAGAUAUUUGGAGAAUUUGGUGUAGUCGGAUUGUGUUUGCAUUAACUAUACUGCAGUUAGAUUAGUCGAGUGUUCAAUCUAUUAUGGCUUGGUACUUUUAGGAUUGGCCUCAAAUAGAUCAUUCAAGAGGUUCACGUCGUGUGAUUGGCGAUCCGAAUCGAAAUGCACAAUUCAAUACGUUCAUCAGAAUCAAAGAGCUCCCAAUUCUGUGAGCUUUGCAGAGUUUGAGGCUUCGAAA